UGCGAGUACACAAAAUCCAUUAUUUUACUUGAAUUUCUCUUCUUUCUCUCAAAAAUCCCAUCUUUCUUUCUCUUUGCUUCUGCAAAACUGAAUAUUCCCAUCAAGAAUCCAAGCCCCAGUAUUUCCUCCUUCACUCUGUUUAUACUUUCAGGAAGGACAACAAAGCAAUAAUCUUUAAAAGCCAAAACCUUCAGUUUCAAACUCCUAUUUCAGAGAGAUAUAUACACAUUUAGUUGGAGAGAAUUAUAAAGAGAAAGAGAGGGUUAACAACAACUUGAUUAUUCUUUUUUUUUUUUUUCAGUUUUUGUCAUUUCUUGUUGGAGAGCGAUCUCCAGAGAGAAAAAUAGAACAAGAAGAAAGAAAAACGAUUUAAUCUAUUGACAAAGGGGAGAAGAACCCAGGAACCAAAAAGGAAAAAGAAAAAGAUAUUUUUGUUGUUUAGGGGUUUUAAAAAAGUGGGUAUGAGGUUAAACGGGGAAAUCUAUGAUGGAGAAGAAGGGGAGGAAGAGAGGCAAAAGCUGGUUGUUGGGUAUGCUCUGACAUUGAAGAAGAAAAAGAGUUUCUUGCAACCCAAGUUCGAGCGCUUGGCUUGCAACAAGGGGAUAUUGUUUGUCGCCAUUGAUCUAAGCAGGCCAUUAUCAGAUCAAGGUCCCUUUGACCUUAUUUUACACAAGUUGUCAGGAAAAGAUUGGUGCCAAAUUAUUGAGGACUACAGACAAACAAAUCCAGAAGUAACUGUUCUUGAUCCUCCAGAUGCAAUACGACAUCUAUACAAUCGCCAGUCAAUGCUCCAGGAUGUGGUUGAUUUGAACUUAUCGGACUUCCAUGGCAAAGUUGGUGUUCCAAGACAAAUGGUUAUCACAAAAGAUCCACUAUCCAUCCCUGAUAAAGUUAUUAAAGCUGGGUUGAAAUUGCCGUUAGUUGCUAAACCACUAGUAGUGGAUGGAAGCACCAAGUCACAUGAGCUGUUCCUUGCGUAUGAUCAGUUCUCUCUGUCUGAACUUGAGCCUCCAUUGGUUCUACAAGAGUUUGUUAAUCAUGGUGGUGUUCUCUUUAAAAUUUAUAUUGUUGGUGAUGCAAUUAAGGUUGUCAGGCGCUUCUCUCUGCCCAAUGUCAGCAAAUGUGAGCUAGCAAAAGUUGCUGGUGUUUUCCCUCUUCCAAGGGUUUCAUCUGCUGCAGCUUCUGCUGAUGAUGCAGAUUUGGACCCUGGCAUUGCUGAACUUCCUCCACAACCUUUGCUGGAGAGGCUUGCAAAGGAGCUCCGUCACCGGCUGGGCCUUCAGUUGUUCAAUAUAGAUAUGAUCCGAGAGCAUGGGACAAGAGACAUCUUUUAUGUUAUUGACAUUAACUACUUUCCUGGGUAUGGAAAAAUGCCAGACUAUGAACAGAUUUUUACAGAUUUUCUACUGAGCUUCGUGCAGAGCAAGUACAAGAAGAGGCCCGUUGCUUAGUUGUUAUAUAAUUGGAGCAAAUAUGGAGUGUACAGGAUGUUUCAUGCAAGUGUGGCUUCCCUUGGAGGAUGGAAGAACACAAUCAUACUGAAAUUAGUUUUAACCUCUGUAAUUACUGACUGGUGUGGAUGCCCUUGCCCAAGUCACUAAUGUGUAUGGAUGGUUUUUGUUGCCAUUUUAGCCAAUAAUACUUGUGAUAUAUAGCAAAUUUUGGGCAAAAUUGGACAGGUUCAACUUA